UCGUGUGAGCUGUCAAAUCGCCAAAAAAAGAGGAAAGCAACUUCGUAAGCAGCAGCAACACCAGCGAAGAAAACUUUCAUUUUUCCCCAGUUUUCUAACGAAAUUUUCCAUUCGCGUAGAAUAUUUCUGGAGCCAGGAAAAGGGGAGAGAAUUCGGGUAGUUAGUGUGGUUUCGUAGAAAUCAUUCCUUGGAAAAAAUGAAGCAGUUAUCGUCGUGCGGUUUUCUGUGGCUGUUGAUUGCCGUCGUUUUCCAGCAGACGGAGGCAAUUAUGUUCCGCCUGGCACCGAAUAUGCAAAAGUGUCUCAAGGAUGAAAUGCAGGGCAACCAGAUUGUGGCCGGCGAGUACGAGGUCACCGGGGCGCCGGGCCAGAAGAUCAACUACGUGGUUCGCGACAGCAAGGGCCACAUUAUGUCCCAGAAGGAGGACAUCAGCAAAGGCAAAUUUUCGUUCACAUCGGAGAUGUACGAUACGUUCGAGAUCUGUUUCAUCUCACAGGUUCCGCCAACUCAUCGCGGCAUUGAACAGGACAUCGCCCUGGACAUCAAGAAGGGCAUCGAAACCAAGAGUUACGAAGGUUUCAUGAGUGCCAUUGGUGAAGCCGCAAAGCUGAAACCUCUGGAAGUGGAUCUCAAGCGUCUGGAAGAUCUGUCAGAUGCCAUCGUUCAGGACUUUGCUCUCAUGCGGAAGCGCGAGGAGGAGAUGCGUGACACCAACGAAAGUACCAACAGCCGCGUGCUGUUCUUCAGCAUCUUCAGUAUGUGCUGUCUGCUUGGACUGGCCACGUGGCAAGUGCUGUACCUGAGGAGGUACUUCAUCGCCAAGAAGCUGAUCUAAUCUGAAAAACGAAUUUGAUUUUGAUUUGGGCAGUAGCUGUGCGUGUAUGUGAGCGUUCGCCAUGAGUGCUAGAGAGCGUGUGUCCCAUUGUGAGAUCGAUUGUGCGAUUGUUUUCCGGAUUUAUAUUUGGGUUCAACUCGGUAGCAAAUCAGAAAGAUGACAUCUGUCGCGUUGUCCAGCGUGAAAUGCAGCGGAACAAAUUUGUUGAGUUAGUUUAUAACCCGGCGCGAAUAUCGUGUAUUACGUUUCUAUUCAAUUUUUCGACUGUUGGCAACUGAUAACAAAAAUCGUAUUCACAGGAAAAACAUAUUAUUCAGUUUAAAACAUCCAUGCAAGUAACUUUGGCUUGCAAUUUCCCAUUUCCUAAGUUUGUCGAAGGGGUUGUUAAAGGCCAAUUUUAAAUAUAAGCUCAAAUCUGAAAAUAUAAAGUUUUCUUUUGUUUUGGUUGUCUUAAACAGGUUUUAUAUAGUUUAAUGUAAAAAUAGACUUGGUACAUUUGACGCAUUCAAAUAAAAGAACUUAAAUAACGGUGUAAA